AUGGAGAAUUACAGAACAAAGGCACAAGAAUCGGAUGUUUCUGACAAUGAGGAAGAGGUGCUCCCAUUGAACUCUGACGAUGCUCCAAAUGAAGAGGAUGGUGAGCCUCCUGAGAAACGACCUGGUGGGAGUCUUUGGGGCGAUUCCCUUGUUGAGCAGGGUUUGUUGCAGAGAGGCUCCCGUAUCGCGUUGGAGAAGCAGAGAGAGUUGCGAGUGCCACGUGGAGUCGAAUCAUAUCAGGUCCCAUCUUCGUUCACUCGGGUCGAAAAGAAAGACUUUGAAUCGUUUGUUCAACGUGAAGUACCAAUCAACUCGAGUGAAGACCCAUUUGGAGAUGCUCCUGUUGACUUAUCUGGAGAAACUGCGUUCUGCGAACGACUGUCUGAGGGCAGUUGGCUUCCUCGCGGUCGAAGUAUUAGGAACGAAUCGAAUCGAAGAGGACAAUCGUCAAGUCGAAACAAUCGAGGACGAGGUACUGGUCCUAAUGGGCAUUUUCACCGAGGACAGAGAGGGAGCAUUAGAAGUAGAGGUCGUGAUGGUGGAAACGGAUUAAAGCGGCCAUGGACAGGAAAAGUCACUGAUCCUGCCCAGCUGCUUCUAGCAUCGUAUUCGCUUGAAACUUUGAUGGCCGUUGAAUUUGCUUCCGAUAUUUCUGUGGAACAACUUGGAGACGAGAUGGCUAAGGCAAUGGGGGAGCGGGAUCCCAAAACUGUGAAGAGUAUUGUCCAAGUAUGCGGUGUUGAAAAGGCUAUUGCGUUGUUCGAGGAGACACGCAGUGUCGAAUCUCAGGGAGGAAUGAUGAUUGACAACGGGCAAAGGAGGCGAACUCCAGGUGGAGUCUUCAUUUCAUUGUUCAAAUUGGACCCAGAUAUUCCUGGAGACGUAAAGAAACGACUUUUUGAAGUCACAAAAACAGAGGCGCGAAGAGUGCUGCGCGCUCGAAGAAAAGGGCGAUCUGAUUUCUCGCAUGACGUAGCCAAGGUGGCUGAACUUAUAAAGAAAGAGAAAGGGAAGGAUAACACAGAAGAUACUCUGAAACCAUUACCUCAUGUGGAGCAGACCUUUCACCCAAAUAGUUCGUCUGUUGCUGGUGGCAGCGUAGUGCUAAACGAUCUCGGUGAUGCAGAGAUGGAAUCAUAA